UGUCAGCGCACAGGGAAGGCGUGGCUUUCAUCUCUACAGGCGUGGCGUGCGGACUUCCGUCUUAUACCACAGACCUCAUAUAAAAUGACAGCGACAUUGCGACCCUACCUGAACGCGGUGCGCGCCACUCUUCAAGCAGCCCUGUGUUUGGAGAACUUCUCCUCUCAGGUAGUGGAAAGGCAUAAUAAACCAGAGGUGGAAGUUAGGAGCAGCAAAGAGCUUCUGUUGCAGCCAGUGGUUAUUAGUCGCAAUGAAAAGGAGAAGGUUCUGAUCGAGGGCUCCAUAAACUCUGUGAGAGUCAGCAUUGCUGUCAAACAGGCGGAUGAGAUUGAGAAGAUCUUGUGCCAUAAAUUUAUGAGGUUUAUGAUGAUGAGAGCGGAGAACUUCUUCAUCCUGAGGAGAAAGCCUGUUGAGGGCUAUGACAUCAGCUUCCUCAUCACCAACUUCCACACAGAACAGAUGUAUAAACACAAGCUGGUGGAUUUUGUUAUCCAUUUCAUGGAGGAGAUUGACAAGGAGAUCAGCGAGAUGAAGCUGUCUGUCAACGCCCGAGCCCGAAUUGUCGCAGAGGAAUUUCUCAAGAACUUCUGAGGAGCCAUGUCUACAUUCCUAAAACCCAUCAGAGAUUGGUGUUGCUUUGGUUCUUGUGGACAAAAAAAAACAUUUUUUAAAUCUCCACAGAGCAAAGGGGGAUCAGAUCAUUAGUUAGCAACCAAUCAGCAAGAAGAUCCACAGGAACAACUGACCAAUCCUGCAGCACUGCAGUCCCAUUUGCCUUCUGUUCAAGGUGCUCCUUGUGCCCAUGGAUAUUAAUAAUUGUAUUAUACAUUUAGUCAAGAAUUUAUUACUCCUGUUUUCUGUUGUUUAGGGAAAAAACAAGGUCAAGGCAGGUCCUUAAAAGUAUUACCUGUAGUUGAUAUUGAUGGGCACAGGAAUCUUGUUGAUAAACUAGAGAGUCUUCAAUUUUUUCUGUUGUCUUUUAUAUACAUGUACUCAUGUGUUUUCAUUGUGUAACGAUACAAAAAAGUCAAAUCCAAUGUUAUCAUAGUCAUGAGAAAAUAAUAAGAAAAAUUGGUGUUUAUAUUUUGAGACAGCUAAUCUUCAGGAUGAUAACUGUGCAGAAAAACUGCAUUAAUAUAAAGCAAAUAAAUUCAAUAAAAAUUAUAUUAAGCUU